AUACCAACACUCAUCUAACAAAAGCACUCUCUUAAAUUACCAACCAUCCAAACAACCCCUAACCAAAACACGAUGGACGACAAGCACAAACUCGCCGAAACCCUAGCUCCCGCCGUCGACACUCCGACGAAGCUCUCCGAUCCACCGCCGGAACACACGCCGCCGUCUCGACGUCGCGGUGGCGCUCAGAAACGCAAGCAUCAGAGCCUAAGUAACCUCUCUGGCCACCAAACGACGUCGUCGAAGCGGCAAGCUCGCGAGAAGCCUCCGGUGGCGCCGUUAUACCAGAUCCACAACGGUCCGUUGACGCGCGCACGGCUGCAGCCGUAUUUCGAAGCUCCGGAGGUGAAGAGUGAUGUCGAUUUGGCGAAUGCGAGGAUUUUGGAGUCGAGAGCGAAGAAAGCGGAGGAGGAGCUGGCUGCGGCGAGAGAGGAUUACGAGGCCUUGGAGGCGAAGAUUGAGGCGGAGUGUAAGAAGUUAAUGUCGAGGAAUGUUGGUGAUCAUGUCGUGCCUGUGCACUGCGGUUGGUUUUCUUGGACAAAAAUACAUACAUUGGAGGAGCGAUCAUUGCCUUCGUUCUUUAGUGGGAAAUCAGAGAAUCGGACUCCUGAAUUGUACAUGGAAAUUCGUAAUGGGAUCAUGAAUAAAUUUCAUGCAAAUCCUAAUGCCAGAAUUGAAUUGAAAGAUCUAUCUGAAAUCGUAGUUGGCGACUCAGAUGCAAAGCAAGAGAUUUUGGAGUUUCUUGACUAUUGGGGUCUAAUUAAUUACCAUCCAUUUCCGGAGACCAAUUCUUCCAUUUUAAAUAUUGAUGCUGAAGAAGCAGAGAAAACAGAUUCUUUGCUUGAAAAACUUUACCAAUUUGACAAGGAAGAAUCAUGUGCACUAGCCGUUUCUAAAAGUAAUGUGGCAACACCAACUCUUGCAUCUCGAUUGUUUCCUGAGUCUUCUAUUGCUGAUGAGUUGAUGACAGCUGAGGGUCCAUCCGUUGAAUAUCAUUGCAAUUCUUGCUCAGCUGACUGCUCUCGCAAGCGCUAUCAUUGCCAGAAGCAGGCAGACUAUGACUUAUGUACUGAAUGCUUCACCAGUGGCAAGUUUGACUCCGAUAUGUCUCCUACUGAUUUCAUCUUAAUGGAGCCUGGUGAUGCUGCUGGUGCCAGUAGCGGAAAAUGGACAGAUCAAGAGACGCUUCUCCUCCUUGAAGCACUAGAACUCUACAAAGAAAACUGGAAUGAAAUUGCUGAGCAUGUUGCUACUAAAACUAAAGCUCAGUGUAUCUUGCACUUUGUGCAGAUGCCAAUCGAGGACCCUUUCAUGGAUUGUGAUGAUCAGCCUGACGUGAGCCUCAAAGACGAUGUGGGCCCACUUUCAGCCACUGACGAUAUUCAGGAUUCCAAAGAUGUGAAUGGAGCAGAAAAUAAAGAUAAAAACAUUAGCAGUUCCCCCUCGUCCACUUCAAUAGAAAAAUCAAAGCCAGUCAGUGAAACACAAAUUAUUCAGGAACAAGGUGAAAACAGCAUCUUAAGGGCACUUACAGAAGCAUUUGACGUUGUUGACUCUUCUCAUUCACCUAAAGAUAAACUCUCAUUUUCUGAAGCUGGUAAUCCUGUCAUGGCUUUGGCAGCAUUUCUCGUAAGAUUGGUGGAACCUAAUGUUGUUACUGCUUCUACUCGUACUUCCCUGAAAUCUGUAUCUGGCACUGCCUCUGGUACGCAACUGGCUGCAAGGCACUGCUUUCUGUUGGAAGAUCCGACGGAUGAGGGUAAAAAAACAGCCGAACCACUACGGGCUGUCGCUGAAGCAGUUGGGCCAGAAGGUCAAAAUAAUAUUAACCAGGUGAGCUUGAAAGAAGAUGAAAAGUCAAAUUUAGUCUCUGAUAACAGUGAUUUAUCAAGUGUCCAUGAUAAAGAUAAAAAGGAGAAUUCUUUAAGAGAUGCAGAAGAACAAUUAGUUUCUCCAAAUGGCGAAUGUUUAAAGGAUUCCCAAGCUUUGAAAGGACCAGAUGUAGUAAAUGAAACAGUCGAACCUGGCCCUGUAAAAAGGUCUGAUAUUGAGAAAUUUCCCAGGAAAGCGGAAGCAAGUAAUGCAGAAGAGUUAGGUGGCUUGAACUCCAAGGUUGAGCUUCCUCCUACUUCUCUUGAAAAGGCCAAAGAUGCUACGUCUCUAUCAUUAGAUGCUCCAAAAGGUGAGAUGUUAAACUCUGAGUCUACGGAGGCUUUAAAGGAUGAGAAGCUAUCUCAGUCCCCCACUGAACAGAAAGAUCAGGGGAAUCUAGUAACAUCAGACUCUAUCAUCGAAAAUGGAGCUAAAGAUGUAAGAGAAGCAGCAGACAGCAAAAAUGAAAACAAAGACUCUGCCGAUGCCAAAGGUGAUCUCUGCACCAAGAAGGUAAGACAAGCUGCCAUUACUGCAGUCUCGGCUGCAGCUGUGAAGGCAAAACUACUUGCUGAUCAGGAGGAAGACCAAAUUCGGCUGCUUGCUACCCUAUUGGUUGAGAAGCAGUUGCACAAGUUAGAAACUAAGUUGGCUUUCUUUACGGAGAUGGAUGGUUUGGUAAUGAGGGUGAGGGAACUACUGGAAAGGUCAAAGCAGAGACUUUACCAGGAGCGGGCACAGAUAAUUGCUGUUCGUCUUGGUGUAUCCAACUCAUCUUCUAGGCCUAUGUCUCAGUCUUUACCUGUCAAUAGGGCUGCAAUGCAUUUUGCAAACUCAGCACUAAGACCUCCGGGGAACAUGACCUUCCAACGACCACCGAUUGCAAGACCAAUGAUGGCAUCCAAUCCUAUGGCCGGAAAUUCAGUUCAGUCCAAUCAGGGCAACCAUUCUUCAUCUGGAAUGAAUUAAUCUUGCCUUGAUAACAUGUGGAUGCCAUCUAGUAUUGGCUAAAAUAUAGGUAUUAUGUUUUUAACAUUUUGCUUGUCUGUUUUGGUGCAGUGUAGUAUUUUAAGGCCAAGCACGCUCUUGUUACUUGUAAUAUGUGCUUUCAAGCCCGAUCUAUUUGCCUUCAAAUUGCAGACUUCUUUAAUCAA